AUGCCAAUACAAGGAGGAGAAUUAAACUACAACAAAAACGAAAACAAAAAAGCCGCAGAUGAUAAAUCAAAGGAUGAGACCAACAAGGCAGCGGAGGCAAACAAAGCAGCCGACAGCAAGAAGCCAUCCGACGAUAAGCCAAAGACCGAGGGCAACAAGCCAGCAGAAGCCAGCAAGCCAUCUGAUGAUAAAUCAAAAGCUGCAGACAGCAAGCCAAUGGAUGGAAAAAAGCCAGCAAGAGAAGAUACACCAAAACCCAGCAUAUCAUCAAGCACUGAGAAAAAAGCUGAUUCGCUCCCACCAAAAACAGAGCCCACAAAGCCUGCAGCAGAGAAGCUGGAGUCCAGCAAGCUCUCAGAUGCAUCCAAAAGCAUGGACAAGACUUCUUCCGCACCAAAGCCAGGGGCUGCAGGAGUCUCCGAUGCAUCCAAGGCCGAUGCGCCAAGCGUGCCCCCUAAGCCCAUGACGAUGGGUCCAGCCCCCAUGGGAAACGGUCGCCCAGCAGAUGCCAAGAACCCAGCACCUGCAGUCAACAAGUCCUCCAUGCAGCCAAGCAAUCCUGGCGCUGGCUCAAAAGAAACUGGUGCUGCUGCAUUAUCAUCAUCUGGUAAGCCCGCAGAAAGCAGCCAAAACAGCAAUCUCAACAAAAACAACACCCAACUUCCACAGGAGGACGACGAACCAAACGCAAUCGUAAAGUUCUUCAGAAAAAUCAAAAACGCAAUCACGGGAUUCUGCUGUCAGACAGAGGACUCUCUAAGACACGUUGCUUAA